GAUAUAACAACAAAAUAUUUUUUUUAAAAAUGCUACUAUAUUUCUGAAAUAAUUGGUACUGCCUUCCAUUUUUUGUCUCAUUUUCAUUAUUUCUUUUCAGAUAUACAACAACAUUGGCAAAAGGUGAAGCAAACAGAUCCUGAACAACAGUUCAAAGAAAAUUUACAUGCUACCUCCCAUGAGAAGUUUAAAGGACUUGUAGUGUUUCUGUGCCAUGUUUAUAUUACUAUGACAACCGUGAAGGGAGAAACUUUCAGAGUCCUUGUCAAUCCCAUCUUUCAGUGUUUGGAAAUGUUGUUGGAAUCGGCUACAAGUGACGACCUGGAAAUACUCAAUAAUUUACUUCAAAGCGUGGGCAAACAGCUAGACACUGAUGAACCUGACAAAAUGCAAGACCUAUUCAACAAAAUCCGUUUGAAAAUUAUUCAAGGGUCCAGUCCGCAGGUGCGUUGUUACCUACUAGAGAUUAUAGAGAUCCAAGCCCACAACUGGAAAAUGCUUCCUUCUGACAUAACUAGAUUUUAUUGUGAUACUGCAGCAGAUAUUUUGGCUGGUAUGGUAGUCUGAGGCAUUGAAGUAGCUUUUAGUCAACAAACAAUGAAGAUUGUCAUAACAGUUGCUUCUUCCGAAUCUCCCUCAAGCAACUACAAAAAAAUUUAAAAAAUAAUUUUUUAUUUUGUUUUUUUUUUAUUAUUUAUAACUGUAAACCAAUCAACAUUGUUUAAGUUGUCUACCAAAUGGAAUUUUUGUAAACUUUCAAUUAAAUACUGAUUACAGUUUUA